CGCGUUGCGCGCAAUACAACACGAUCAUGUGACCGCGCCUAUCCCAAAGCAGACCAAGUAGGCUAUGACGUCUCCGCUCGGCUGCAGCGAGACUGUACUUCGAACCGGUACUCUCAUCUAAUACCUCGGAGCAACAUCUACAUCUACGACCAUCGUCUUAGCAGCCAGCUAGUCAUGUCAGGCUCAACAGCCCAGGACAACGCCUGGAAAGCCAGGGAGCAAGGAGCGGAGGCGCAGUACGCCCGGCAGAAGGAACAAGAGCAGCUCGCUGCACUCCGCUCGUCGGCGGCGGGCAAGACGCAGAGCGCGAGCAAGCCCGGCGAACUCGAGCGCGACUUCGAGGGCGGGUUUGGUGGACAGGAGGACCUCGAGGAUCGCUACGCGACUACUAGCGGGGAGCACUGAGGCAAUGCACCGGCCGUCAGGCUCCCGAUUCGGGUGAUGUACGAGUAUGCCAGGACGGACUCGCUGAAGGUGGUGUAUAUUGUAUAACCAGUUUAGUCGUCUCAAUGACACACGUACCGAGGGAUCUAUUGACCGCAGUUGAAUGGAAUUGAGUAGUGCAAUCAAUACACGAUUGGUCAACGAGCUA